GUGCAGCCCGCCCCUAGGAGGAGCGGGCCUGGCACACCCACAAACAGAUUGAUAAAGGCUUGGGGACAAAAAGGUUUUGAGUGAAAUGUUUGCUGAUGGAUGAAAAAAGAAGGCGGCUGCGCGGGGCGGACAGGCCAGGCCGUCCCUUGGUGCAGGGGAGCUCCCCGCGGAGGGAGGGCGCAGGCUCGGAGGGGCUGCUGCCUGGGGGUGCGGAGAAGGUCCCGAGCCCUGGUCUGCCUCUGCCUCCCGCCAAGGAAAAGUCCAAUGGAGCCAGAGGGACUUGCCCCCGACCCCGGCGCCCCGGCUGCGGGAGGUUAGGGAUGGAUGGAUGGCGUCCAGGUUCCGACGCAUCCAGACGGGUUGGCGACUCCUGGGAAGCUCCGCGGGGGAAAGCGCAUACCCGGGGCGAAGUCCCGACUCAGCCGCCCACGGUCGGACCGAGUGACCUUGGGCGACUCUGCGCGCUCCGCAGCCUCGGGUUCCGCCUCCGAGAAACGGGGGGUGAUGCUCGCCCGGCCGCAGCGUGGCGGGCGGGGCGCGCGGCGGGCACGGAGGAUCGGCGGCGCCGAAGGGGUUAACGCACCUGGGCCGCCGCCCCUCUCGGCCCCUCCUCCGGCCGCCCGGAGGGAAAUGUCCGGGUGGGGGCGCGGCCCCGUCCCUGUCCCCGCCUGCCGUCCCCGAGCUGCGAGCCCGGCGCAGCGACCCGCGCUCACUCCGCCGCCGCCCCGGCCCGGGCCGCCAUGUCUCUGGGGAAGAGAAUUGUCUACAAGAGUGUGUGUCUGUCCCUAGCCCUGCUCGUGGCCAUAGCUGUAUUCCAGCGUAGUCUGACCCCCAGCCAGUUUCUGCAAGAGCCCCCGCCACCCACUCUAGGGCCACAGAAGGCCCAGAAACCAAGUGGACAUCUGGUGAACCCCAAUGACUUCUGGAAGAGAUCGAAGGAUUUGGUCUCCCCCGUGCUCAUGGCCUCACGGGGACCUCAGACCUGGGAUGUGACCACCACUAACUGCUCAGCCAAUAUCAACUUGACCCACCAGUCCUGGUUCCAGGGCCUGGAGCCACACUUCCAGCAGUUUCUGCUCUAUCGCCAUUGCCGAUACUUCCCCAUGCUGCUGAACCACCCGGAAAAGUGCAACGGUGACGUCUACCUGCUGGUGGUCGUCAAGUCGGUCAUCACGCAACAUGACCGCCGGGAGGCCAUCCGCCAGACCUGGGGCCUGGAGCAGGCGUCGGUGGGCAGGGGCCAAGGUGCCAGGCGCACCCUCUUCCUGCUGGGCACAGCCUCCAAGCAGGAGGAGCGUGCCCACUACCAGCAGCUGCUGGCCUAUGAGGACCGCCUCUAUGGCGACAUCCUCCAGUGGGACUUUCUUGACAGCUUCUUCAACCUGACCCUCAAGGAGAUCCACUUUCUCAAGUGGCUUGACAUCUUCUGCCCCAAUGUCCGCUUCAUCUUUAAGGGCGAUGAUGAUGUCUUCGUCAACCCCACCAACCUGCUGGAAUUUCUGGCUGACUGGCGGCCAGAGGAAGACCUGUUUGUGGGUGACGUCCUGCAGCACGCUCGGCCCAUCCGCAAGAAAGACAACAAGUACUACAUCCCUGGGGCCCUGUACAGCAAGGCCAGCUACCCUCCCUAUGCCGGUGGAGGCGGCUUCCUGAUGGCCGGAGGCCUGGCCCGGCGCCUGCACCACGCCUGUGACACUGUGGAGCUUUACCCCAUCGAUGACGUCUUCCUGGGCAUGUGCCUGGAGGUGCUGGGUGUGCAGCCCAUGGCCCAUGCGGGCUUCAAGACGUUCGGCAUCUCGCGGAACCGCAACAGCCGCAUGAACAAGGAGCCCUGCUUUUUCCGCUCCAUGCUGGUUGUGCACAAGCUGCUGCCCUCUGAGCUGCUGGCCAUGUGGGGGCUGGUGCACGGCAACCUCACCUGCUCCCGCAAGCUCCAGGUGCUCUGACCCCGGCCGGACCACCAGCAUCAGCUGGAGCUGCAAUGCCAGGGCGGAUGGAGCCUUGGUCCCCUGCAGGGCAGUGGAGAGUCUGGAUCUGGGCCUUGUGUGCUCCUGGGUGUGGGGGGCACAGGUAGCCGGGGGCCUCCCUGUGUGGACACUCUCCAGAAAGCGGAGCUGGGGCGCAGGAACGCUUGGAAUGGCCCAGCCUGGAGAAGGUCCUCUGGGGAGCGAGGCUGCUGGCAGCCCUCCUAACUGGGUUCAUUGCCUCACUCCCUCUGACCCGGUGGGAGGCCGUGGUGGCCUCUGAAGGAACCCCAUGCUCAGGUACCUGGGCGAGGCGAGGCCCUGGAUGGCUCCGUGGCUGCCCUCUUGAUUCACAGAAGGUUCUUCUCCUGUGAAGUGCCUCAGUCUCCCUGAGGACCCAAGCAACCUUUUCAGGAGAAGCUCAACCCUGUGCAGGCUCACAGUCCCCCCACACCCACUCCGUGCUCCUUGCCUCAGAACCCCCUGGGCACACCCUCCCCCCCAGACCUGCCUGGAGUUGGCUGUUCAGCCCCCUCUUCUCCCAGGUGGCUUCAGUCCUGGCUGCGUCCUGUGAUGCCCCGACCGGCCCCUGCCUGGAAGAACCUACCCCUCUGACUACCUCAGCAAUCCUCAGAACCUCUGGAUGGCAGCAGCCCCCACCCCUGACGCAGGGCUCUGCCCCCCAAGUCACGGUGCUGCCCAACCAGCCCCAGCCACGUGCCCUCCUGCGGCCCCACUGAGGUCUGACUCCCUGGUGGAAACCAGCCGGUUUGACCCUGGAAGUGAACAUACCUCUAUCACUGUGAAGUUCUAUUUAUGAAGAAUUUGGAGGAAGAAGGCGCCAGGCCUCAGGAUAUGGCGGUGUUCCUCCCUUCCCUCAUUCCAGCAGGACAACUCCUCCCUGGGCCACCCUGACCCACCCCCAGGGCACCCCGGUGCCUGGCACAGCCCCCGCCAGAACCCUGCUGCUCCAAGGCCGAACAGAGACCAGCAUCUGCUCCUGUGAAGGCAGGGCAUGUCCCUUGUGGGCCACCCUGCCCAGGGUCAGGGGUCCUUGGGGUGGGUGCAGAAGGAUGUCACCUCGUAUCUCGGGGUAAAGUCACCUGGGAAAAGAGUGAGGAAUUAACUGUUUUCUCAAUAAAAGGGGAUUGGGUUUUUUCUGCCGUGAAACUUCCUGUUCCCAUUCCCAUCAGAGGGCCUGUCGGGGCCAAGUUGCCAGAGAUUUCUGAAGACACAGCUUGUUCCUUGUUCUUGGCUGGUGGGUACACAAGGACCCCUUGAAGGGCCUCAGAGGGAGGUGAGUGCCAGGAGGAAAGGAGAGGCCACAGGGCCGGAGUCAAGAAAGAUGUUCCCUGGACUGUUGGGGGGCGGGGGGGUGCAGAGUGGAGGAGGUUUGAGCUAACAGCACAUUCCCACGGAGGGCAAGGCCAGAGCUGAUAGUGAGGUUGUUAUAGGGAGUGGGGUUGGGUGGGGGCAUGCAGGGGCUGGUGAGCUCCCUCCUGGCCCUUCUUGAUAAGGUUGACCAGAAGCACUGAAACGGGCUGGUUGGGGCCGAGAGGGGUCUGGUGUUGGGGGAACCGCAUGGUGUGGCCUCAGCCACUUACCUCCAGGGUGGGGAGAGCAGCCACCCAGGGAGAAGGGUCCUGGGGCUGUAGUCGGCAAGCAGCAUAUCCCUUCCUGCCUGUGCCCAGCUCAGUCAUUGCAGAGUGGGCCUGGUGCCCCAAGAGUCACUCAUGGCUCUCCCCCAGGUGAGUGAUAGAAAUGGCUGGAUCCUAACAUAACACAUGGAGGGAGGCACAAGACUAAA